AUGUCGAACAACAAAGGUCCUAACUCCACGCCCUCGGAGGCUGGCUUGUCUAAUGUCACCGUCACGACCUCGAGUAUACAGGGUGGCCAACCUGCCUCUGGGUCUCAUGCCCUGGCACCUCGCGACCCGCACUCGCAGCCUCUCGACCUGAUGAGGCGCAAUCAACGGAGCGAUGCCACAACCAACCCCCCGGCCCCUGCACCAAGUAGCUCAAGAGGCCAGCUAGAUCGCUCACGGAGUAGAGCGAAGAGGCGAUUCAGCGGCAGUACGGCGAAUAGCAGCCACAGCCCCGGCAGUGAGCGGGGCUCUUCGCAUCGUGAGAAGGAAGAAGGCAAGUCUGCGUCCAAGCCCGCUCCUUGGGGCGUCAUCGGUAUAUGUGCGCUGGAUGUCAAAGCUCGAAGCAAACCUAGCCGGAACAUUCUCAACCGUGUCAUUGCGAACCGAGAUUUCGAUGUCGUCGUGUUUGGAGACAAGGUGAUUCUCGACGAAGAGGUGGAGAACUGGCCCAUUUGCGAUUAUCUGAUCUCCUUCUACUCGGAUGGAUUUCCGCUAGAGAAGGCCAUCGCCUAUGUCAAGACACGGAAACCGUUUUGCGUCAACGACGUGCCACUGCAGAAGCUGCUGUGGGAUCGGCGUUUGUGCCUGCAAGUCCUCGAUGAGAUAAAUGUUCGAACCCCCAGCCGAGUCGAAGUGAACCGGGAUGGCGGACCGGGGUUCCUGACCCCUGACAUGGUGAAAUACAUCAAGGAUGUCUCGGGGGUUGACCUCGCAGUUCCUGAUGAGAACAAGUACAAUCCACCACGGAAGGUUGAGCUGCUCGACGACGGCGAUGUCAUCAGUGUGGACGGUGCACUUUUGAAGAAACCUUUUGUGGAGAAGCCGACCAGUGGUGAAGACCACAACAUUGUCAUCUAUUUUCCCAAGUCAGCGGGAGGCGGCGCACGGAAGCUCUUCAGAAAGAUCGGCAACAAAAGCUCCGAAUACAUCCCUGAACUCAACGUUCCUCGGGCCAUCACUGAGCCUGAGAGUAGCUACGUGUACGAAAGCUUCAUGCAGGUCGACAAUGCCGAGGAUAUCAAGGCCUAUACUGUUGGCCCACACUACUGUCACGCGGAGACACGCAAAUCGCCGGUAGUGGACGGUGUGGUCAGGCGAAACCAGCAUGGAAAGGAGCUUCGAUACGUGACUGCACUGAAUACCGAGGAGCGGGAGACUGCCAGCAAGAUUGCGACUGCUUUUGGCCAACGAGUCUGUGGAUUUGACCUCCUCAGAGCAUCUGGGAAGAGCUAUGUGAUUGACGUCAAUGGCUGGAGCUUUGUCAAAGACAACAAUGACUACUACGACCAAUGCGCCAAUAUCUUGAAGGACUUGUUCGUCAAGGAGAGACUUCGAAGAGGGGGGAUGUCAUCGCCGGCGCCCUCGCCAUCCAUCUCGGAAACCGAUCCAAUGUCCAAGCAACAGACUUCCCUCCGGGAGCGCGACCACUCCUCUGCUUCGCUACACCAUGCAAACGCAAAGAGCAUCCCUGCUGCCUCGGCCACUGCCUCGGACACAUCCCAAGCCGGAGAUGCAUCAGUGACGCCCAGUGGCGCGGCCUCCCCACGUGUCGAGGACUUGCUGUCUUCCGCAACGCAAAAUGCCGCCCCAACGCAAUCGCUGCCACCACCUGCGGAUUUUCUGCAAGCAAACUCUACUUCAGCCCCAGCAUCUGUGAAGACUGUGGCGACAUCACAAGGAAAUGGCGGCGGUGAAGAGCCUGACCGUGAGGCUGAGCAGCCGCCACCCCCUAAGCACUCGUGGAAGUUGAAGGGAGUGGUAUCGGUCAUCCGCCAUGCUGACCGAACGCCCAAGCAGAAAUUCAAAUUCACUUUCCAUACUGCACCCUUCAUUGCGUUGCUCAAAGGUCACCAGGAAGAGGUACUGCUGAUUGGCGAGGCUGCACUGGCGAGUGUGAUCUCCGCUGUCGACUCGGCAUUUCUCGAAGGGGUCGAGGACCCUGGCAAACUCAAGGCACUUCGCAAUGUUCUGGUCAAGAAGGGCAGCUGGGCGGGAACGAAGAUUCAAAUCAAGCCCAUGUUCCGCAAGAAGAAGACAGAGAAUGCUGUGGAUGAAAUGCCUGAUUUGACAGAGAACGUUCAAACGCCCCCGCCUGACGCGGAGAAUAACCCCGGUCACAAGGACGGCGAUGCAGCAUCACCGAGAGAACCUGUGAAGCGUCACGAUUCCCUGUCUGGUGUCACAAUGUCCAAGUUCACGGCAGCAGAGGAGCGACUUGUUCUUGACAAGCUCCAGCUCAUUGUCAAAUGGGGCGGCGAGCCGACGCACGCUGCUCGUUACCAAGCUCAGGAGCUGGGCGAGAACAUGAGAAACGAUUUCAUGCUCCUGAACAGAGACGUGCUUGAUGAAGUUCACGUGUUCAGCAGCUCUGAAAGACGAGUGACGACCAGCGCACAGAUCUGGGCCGCGUCGUUCCUCGGCAAGAACGACAUACCCAAUGACUUCAUCACCAUUCGCAAGGACCUCUUGGAUGACUCCAACGCCGCCAAGGAUGAGACAGACAAAGUCAAGAAGAAGCUCAAGGGCCUGCUGCGCGAGGGCAAUGAGCGACCUGCGCAGUUUGCCUGGCCCGAGAAGAUGCCCGAGCCGUCCGAGGUGCAGAAGCGUGUUGUUCAGCUGAUGAAAUUUCACCGUCGUGUCAUGCAUCACAACUACUCCAAGAUAUUCAGCGGCGCAGCCACGUCUCUGAACAGCAUUUCAAACCCAGCCACAGAGAGGGAAAAGUUAUCUGGCGAAGGCUCGACCUCGUCGCUUGCUUCGUCUCUGUCGCAGGCGAAUACCGUCAACAGCAUCCAGGCGCGGUGGUGCUCUGGCGAGGAUGCUGAGCUCUUCAGGGAACGCUGGGAGAAGCUGUUUGCAGAAUUCUGUGAUGGGGAGAAGGUGGACCCUAGCAAGAUCUCCGAGCUCUACGACACGAUGAAGUUUGACUCACUCCACAAUCGGCAAUUCCUCGAAUGGGUGUUCACCCCUCCGGAUCACAUGCUUGAGGAGUAUGAAGGCAAGGAAAGCAGGCCGAAAGAGACGGAAGAGUUGAAGGCGCCUCUCGAGCCGAAGCAAGAGAAGUCCAAUAGCAUCGCCGGUCAGAAUCCCCAGGAAGGUACCGAUCCUGUCCAACGAUCGGGCACAGUUAAGAAGCUGUUUAGGCGCCGGUCUUUUCUCAACGGGCUUCGUCAUCUGGGCGAGGAGCCUCCGCCAGAGCAGUACUUCAAACUGUACAAGGGCACCGAGACCAGCGCAACGAAAACAGAGCAGAAGCAUGAGCCACUGCAGGAGUUGUAUAAGCUUGCGAAGGUGCUUUUUGAUUUCAUCUGCCCGCAAGAGUACGGCAUCUCUGAUAGCGAGAAGCUCGAAAUUGGUCUCCUGACAUCGCUCCCGCUACUGAAGGAGAUUGUCCAGGACCUAGAAGAGAUGCAGGCAUCCCAUGAGGCCAAGUCCUUCUUCUACUUCACCAAAGAGUCGCACAUCUACACCCUGCUGAAUUGCAUCAUCGAGGGAGGUAUCGAGACCAAGAUUACACGGGCUACUAUCCCCGAGCUCGACUACCUUUCCCAGAUCAGCUUUGAGCUGUACGAAUCAGAGAUCAAACAGCCCCUGGACAGCGCGGAAGAUGAGCCCAAAUAUGCUUACAGCAUCCGCAUCACCAUUAGCCCGGGCUGCCAUGUCCAUGAUCCUCUCCAUGUCCAACUAGAUAGCCGCCAUUCGAUCGGCUGCGCGCCUAGGCGCAGUUUGACCAACCACAGCGACUGGCUCCAAGUGAUCAAGACGUUGCGAGCCAAGUUUAACCAGGUCAAACUGCCCAAAACGUUCCUUGCCGUGAACCUCUCCGAGGCUUUCACCUUUGAAGAGCUAGAACGACAGGCGAGUGAUUCCGAGGCUCUCGAGAUGAAGGCCACGCCGUCCAAGGAUCUGCUUCUAUCGCCUCCGGCCCAAGGCCAGCGCGGUAGAGGAGACAGCAAUCCUGCGAAUACGGCCGAGGGAGGCAAGAUUGUGAAUCCCGAUUGGUGA